AUGGUGGAUAUGCGUACAAAUAUAUCAACAAUAGACAAGUUUUACUAUCUAAUCGGUUGUUUGAGAGAAAAUGCAUUAGAUGCUAUAAGUGGUAUCCCUAUAUCUGGCGAUAAUUACGAGUUGGCGUGGUCUACUCUUACGGCACGAUUUGACCGUCCGCGUUUGGUCGCGCACUCAUUGAUAAAUAAAUUGUUGUCGGCUCCCAAGGCGUCCAGCGAAUCGUUGGUUGAGUUAAAUAAUUUUUUAGUAAUGUUUGACGAGGGAGUAUCAGUACUAGAGUCAAUGCGGAUCCCUAAUCUGGGCGAUUUCUUUUUAUUUUCGGUUGCGUCACGAUGUCUACCGGCACAGUCUAUCAAAUUGUUCGAAACACAAUUGGGCGAUGGGUUUCCCACAAUGAGAGAACUUUUAACGUUUAUUAAAUCACGUAUCAACGUUCUUGAAUGCGUUCCGCGCGAUUUGAUUCAAAAGAGCACCAAAGCGGUACCACAAAAAAGAUCACCAUUCGCGUCCGUCGGGUUUAGUAAUUUCAAACAAAAACCACAUUCGUCAUUUGUUACAAAUAUGACCGCCUCUAAACCUACUGAUACGUGUAAAGUUUGUAAGGGAUCGCAUAAUGUGUCCACAUGUCGUAAAUUUGGUACUUGGACGGCGGCAGCCCGUCACAAGUGGGUGAGAGAUAAUAAAUUCUGUUUUCGGUGCUUGCGUGGUGGGCAUUGGGCACCUGAUUGUAAAUCAAUCGUACCGUGUGACAAAUGUACGCGCCGACAUCACCCUCUUUUGCACCCUGAUGAUACGGUGAAUAGUGAUACACGUGACAAUCCGACGGCUCACGGCCAGCAAACGCAAAAUGAUCAUGACCCACAAACCUCGCUUGUAGGUCACGGCGACCAAAAUGCACAUUCGGUCAUAUUGGGCACCGCCCUUGUCCAUAUACGUGAUUGUGGUGGCACUCUACACACAGUACGUGCACUGGUAGAUUCUGCGUCGCAGAUAAGCGCGAUUACCGCGGCCUGUUCUUCACGUCUCGGUUUACCGGUAACCCGCUGGACUGCUCCCGUAUCUGGCUUGUCCGGAACAUCAGUGCAAAAUGUUCAGGGAUUAGUUAAGUGUCACGUACAGCCAAAAUUCGCGGUCGAACCUGUUUUGAAAUUCGACGCAUGGGUAUUUCCAACCAUAACGUCGAAUAUGCCCGGUCAGUUAAUAGCCGAAACUAUCCAGAAAAAGUAUAGUAACCUGGCCCUUGCGGAUCCGUCUUUUACAGUGCCAAACACUGUUGACUUGUUACUUGGGGCGGAUUUGUUUGCGCGCGUAAUGGACGGCAAGCGUAUUUCGGUGGGAGAAUCCUAUCCAGCGGCCUUCGGAUCUGUAUUUGGGUGGAUAAUUAUAGGACCCGUCCCACAUCUAAUCGAUCAAAUUCGCAGUUCUUGUCCUGUUUCCCUCACCACAUCUGUUGAACAGUUGAUCGACAAAUUCUGGCGGGUCGAGGAGCCCGAGGUGGCCCCCGACGAUUUUACAAAUGACGGUCGUUGCGAAUUAAUUUUCCGUGAAAAAUGUACACGUGAUAAAUCCGGUCGUUUUACUGUCCCACUAUUGUUCCGAAAUCCGGUAACCGACGAUAUGUUUUCCGGUUCGCGCGCUGUCGCGUUGAAGCGUUUCGACUCCCUCGAAAAAAGGUUAUCAGCGGAUGACCAGCUCCGGCAGGCAUAUUGUAAAUUCAUGAGUGAAUAUAUAACUCUGGGACAUAUGUCAAUAGCCAAGUCUAGUGGGACAUAUUUUAUCCCACACCACGCGGUAUAUAAGUCGUCCGACGUUAACGCAAAAUUACGCGUAGUUUUCGACGCAUCUGCGCGGACGUUUACGGGGCCAUCUUUAAACCAAUGUUUAUUUUCCGGGCCGAAGUUGCAGAGGGACAUAAUUGACGUGCUUACCUUGUUUCGAUUACCGCGAUAUGCAUUUACCGCUGAUAUUAAUAAAAUGUACCGUCAAAUACGAGUGACCCCCGAACAUCGCCGAUAUCAACAUAUACUGUGGCGUGACUCCCCACAUGUAGAACUUAAAACGUACGAGCUUAACACCGUAACUUACGGGGUAAACUGUGCGCCAUUCUUGGCCAUCAGAGUCCUACAUCACAUAGCCGAACACGAUUGCACUCAUUUUCCAGAUGUCCGUAACGCAUUAUUAUUUAGUACAUAUGUGGAUGACAUUUGCGUGGGGGCAGACACAGUAGAAGCGGCCAUCACCCUACAAUCCAAUUUAAUUUCGGUUCUGGGGCAGGGGGGGAUGCAGCUCAAAAAAUGGGCCAGCAAUACCGAUGCUAUUUUAAGUAAUGUUUCGUCUGAUGACCAAGCUGUAAAAUCAUUAUCGUUUGAUGAUAGCGAAGGGACAGGUAUCAAGGUACUCGGGUUGCAUUGGAACCAUCGCGACGAUGUCUUUCAUUAUGUAGUGCAAGCAGUAUCGUUAGUCACGACGAAGCGUGGCAUGUUGUCACUCAUAGCCCGCAUUUUCGACCCGUUAGGCCUGUUGUCACCGGUAAUUUUUUAUGCCAAGCAUCUUGGCAUUGGCACAUUGGCCGGAGGGUGGUCUUUGUGUGGGGGAUGA